AACCCCCGAGUAGGAGGAGCCUGUCGGGUUUCUGGAAGCUCCGUGGAGCCGCGCGUCCAGGCAGAAACAUCGGGGAGAAAAACACCAAACCACGGGAGGAAAGUGAAGGAAACACGGAGAGUGGAGGCUCGGAUCUACAACGGAGGAGUGUGUGUCUUCACGCGUGUGUGUGUGUGUGUGCGCAUUCCGCAAAAGAGUGUACUGACUUGAAUCUGCCAAGGAGGAUUGUGUGUGUGUUCUUGUGUGUGUGUGCAUCCCUUUGGGGAAGUAGAGCUCACUGUGACCCACCUGGAAAGAAGAAACAGGAGUCUGAUGCGCACCGUGCACCGGGUCUGUUUCUAACACUAAAGCCCAGAGUUACCGGGGGGCAGUGAACACACCACCGGAGGACUUCAUUCCACUGUUUGUCUGACCACCACGUUUGAGACAUACGGGGAAAAGCUUCGGGAAAGGCGGGGUCGAACCGGCUCCCGAACCGGAUUAUUGCGCUCCUUCUGUGGCGAAUCACGCACAGCGACGCAGCGGUUUUUGGGGGGGCGGGGGGUCUUACAACUGGAAUUUAGAAAACCUUCCUGUGGAAACUCUUCACCGACUGCUGCGGACCUUUUUUUUAUUAUUAUCUGUCCGCUUGUGGCCUCUGUUCACCCCCCCCCCUCCCGGAUUUUUAGGAGCACCAUCACCAGCUUUGGGACGCGUAUUUUGGGGAUAUUCUUUUCCCCAGCCGGGGUCGGACUAUGGCGGACGACGACAUCCUCUUUGAAGAUGUGUACGAGCUCUGCGAGGUCAUUGGCAAGGGUCCCUUCAGCGUGGUGCGGAGAUGCAUCAACAGAGAGACGGGGCAGCAGUUCGCGGUCAAGAUCGUGGACGUGGCCCAGUUCACCUCCAGCCCCGGACUCAGCACCGAGGAUCUGAAGAGGGAGGCCAGUAUCUGCCACAUGCUGAAGCAUCCUCACAUCGUGGAGCUGCUGGAGACCUACAGCUCCGAUGGGAUGCUCUACAUGGUGUUCGAAUAUAUGGACGGAGCAGAUCUGUGUUUUGAGAUCGUGAAGAGAGCAGACGCUGGCUUCGUCUACAGUGAAGCCGUGGCCAGUCACUACAUGAGGCAGAUCCUCGAGGCGCUGCGUUACUGCCACGACAACAACGUCAUCCACAGAGACGUCAAGCCUCACUGCGUGCUGCUCGCCUAAGAGAACUCAGCUCCGGUGAAACUCGGAGGAUUCGGAGUCGCCAUCCAGCUGGGAGAGUCUGGGCUGGUGGCCGGAGGUCGGGUGGGGACCCCUCACUUCAUGGCCCCCGAGGUGGUGAAGAGGGAGCCGUACGGGAAGCCUGUGGACGUGUGGGGGUGCGGAGUCAUCUGCUUCAUCCUGCUCUCUGGCUGCCUGCCUUUCUACGGCACCAAGGAGAGGCUGUUCGAGGUCAUCUGCAGAGGAAAAUACAAGUUGAAUCCCCGGCAGUGGGCUCAGAUCUCAGAGAGUGCGAAGGAUCUGGUUCGGAGGAUGCUGAUGCUCGACCCGGCCGAGAGGAUCACCGUCUACGAGGCGCUGAACCACCCCUGGCUCAAGGAGAGGGACCGAUACGCCUACAAGAUCCACCUCCCAGAGACCGUGGAGCAGCUGAGGAAGUUCAACUCCAGGAGGAAGCUCAAGGGAGCUGUUCUGGCUGCAGUUACCUCACACAAAUUCAACUCUUUCUACGGAGACCCCCCCGAGGACAUGCACGACUUCUCCGAAGACCCCACCUCCUCAGGCGCUGUCUCUCAGGUGCUGGACAGUCUAGAGGAGAUCCACGCUCUGACAGACUGCAGUGAGAAGGAUCUAGAUUUCCUGCACAGUGUGUUCCAGGACCAGCAUCUACACACACUGCUCGACCUCUACGAUAAGAUCAACACCAAGUCGUCUCCGCAGAUCAGAAACGCUCCUAGUGAUGCUGUGCAGAGAGCCAAAGAGGUACUGGAAGAGAUCUCCUGCUACCCUGAGAACCACGAAGCUAAAGAACUCAGACGGAUACUGACCCAGCCUCAUUUCAUGGCGCUGCUGCAGGCCCACGAUGUUGUGGCCCACGAGGUGUACAGCGACGAGGCUCUGAGGGUGACGCCCCCCCCCACCUCGCCCUACCUGAACGGAGAAUCACCUGAGAGCAACAACGGAGACAUGGACCUGGAGAACGUCACCAGAGUCCGUCUGGUGCAGUUCCAGAAGAACACAGACGAGCCCAUGGGCAUCACGCUGAAGAUGAAUGAGUCGAAUCAUUGCAUCGUGGCGAGGAUAAUGCACGGAGGGAUGAUCCACAGACAAGGAACGCUGCACGUAGGAGACGAGAUCAGAGAGAUCAACAGCAUCAGUGUGGCCAACCAGACUGUGGAGCAGCUGCAGAAGAUGCUGAGGGAAAUGCGAGGCAGCAUCACGUUUAAAAUAGUGCCAAGUUACCGGACCAUGGGCUCCCCGUGUGAGAAAGAGUCCCCCAACACUUCCAGACAGUCCCCUGCAAACGGCCACUCCAGCAUUAACAGUUCUAUCUUGGAUCUUCCGUCCACCAUCACGCCCAAAGGUCGACAGAUCUACGUGCGCGCUCAGUUUGAGUACGAGCCGUCCAAAGACGAGCUGAUCCCGUGUAAAGAGGCGGGAGUUCGCUUCCUGGUGGGCGACAUCAUCCAGAUCAUCUCUAAAGACGACCACAACUGGUGGCAGGGCAAGCUGGAGAACACCAAGAACGCUACAGCAGGACUCAUUCCUUCACCUGAGCUGCAGGAGUGGAGGGUGGCCUGUAUAGCGAUGGAGAAGACGAAGCAGGAGCAGCAGGCCAGCUGCACCUGGUUUGGAAAGAAGAAGAAGCAGUACAAAGACAAGUACCUGGCCAAGCACAACGCAGUGUUCGACCAACUAGAUCUGGUGACAUAUGAAGAGGUGGUGAAGCUCCCUGCCUUCAAGAGGAAAACCCUCGUUCUGUUAGGGGCCCAUGGAGUGGGCAGGAGACACAUCAAGAACACACUCAUCACCAAACACCCCGACAGAUUCGCCUACCCCAUCCCCCACACGACCAGACCUCCAAAGAAGGACGAGGAGGACGGGAAGAACUACUUCUUCGUGUCUCACGACCAGAUGAUGCAGGACAUCAGCAACAACGAGUACCUGGAGUACGGCAGCCACGAGGACGCCAUGUACGGCACGAGGCUGGAGACCAUCCGGCAGAUCCACACGCUGGGACACAUCGCCAUCCUGGACGUGGAGCCGCAGGCCCUGAAGGUCCUCCGAACAGCAGAGUUUGCACCGUUCGUCGUCUUCAUCGCCGCGCCAACCAUCACGCCAGGCAUCAAUGAGGACGAGUCUCUCCAGCGGCUGCAGAAAGAGUCGGAGAUCCUUCAGAAAACGUACGCUCACUACUUCGAUCAAACCAUCAUCAACAACGAGAUUGACGACACCAUCCGUCACCUGGAGGAGUUCAUCGAGAUCGAGAGCAACAGCUGCCAGUGGGUGCCCGUGUCCUGGGUCUACUGACACACACACACACACCAAUACACACACACACCAACACACACACACACACCAACACACACACACACACCAACA